GUGGGGUUCUUCCCUUUUGUCGGCGGCCGGUGGUGACUAUCGCAUUUGCUGGUGCGCGGGACACGAGUUGGACGGCACCCCACGCGCUUGUGAAGUGGCUAGCGACUUCGUGGUCGAUGUGGGGACCUUGAGCAUCAAUGGCCCCAUGGGUGGUCAGAGGCAUGAUCGGUUCCUCGUGAAGGUCGGCGACUGCUUCGGUGGUGCCACGCUCCGUGGCCUUCAUUGGGCCUCGGACCUGACCCUGGUCGAUUCCAACGGCACGACGGCCAAUGUCAGUUGGGGAAAUGAGUCC